GUAUUUAUGAUGACAACAAUAGACUUAUGAAUAUACUUGAUAUUUUUAGGGUAUGAUUUAAAUAAGCAACUUGGAGAUUGGUUGAAUGCCGCUGAUUUAUCUCAUGGACCUGCUCGGGCUAUUAUUGCACCACACGCUGGCUACAGCUAUUGCGGUGGAUGCGCUGGAUUUGCGUACCGUCAAAUAAGUCCAGUUGUAGUACGGAGAAUAUUUAUUCUUGGACCUUCUCAUCAUGUGAGAUUACCUGGAUGUGCUCUGUCAUCGGCUUCAACUUAUCGUACUCCAUUGUACGAUUUGACAAUUGACCAAGAAGUCUGUCAUGAGUUGGAAGAAACCGGACAAUUUGAAUGGAUGGACAUGAAUACCGAUGAAGAUGAACACAGUAUUGAAAUGCAAUUACCAUUUAUAGCUAAAGUUAUGGAAGAUUACAAAAAUAAUUUUACAAUAAUUCCAAUAUUAGUUGGAUCAUUAACUCCAGAUAAGGAAUCAGUUUAUGGUAAAUUAUUAGCGCCAUAUAUAGCUGAUCCACAAAAUUUAUUUGUAAUAUCAUCAGACUUUUGUCACUGGGGACAACGAUUCAGAUAUACUUAUUACGACCGUUCAAGUGGUCCUAUUCACAGAUCUAUUCAAAAUCUUGAUAAAAUGGGAAUGGAUAUAAUUGAAACAUUAAAUCCAGAGUCAUUUACUGAGUAUCUUAAAAAAUACGGCAAUACUAUUUGUGGAAGGCAUCCAAUAGGUGUAUUGUUGCAGGCAAUUCAAAGUUUUAAAGAAAAUUGUAGCGAUCAAAAAAUGAAUUUAAAAUUUUUAAAGUACGCUCAAAGUAGCCAAUGCAACAAUAUGAAUGAUAGUUCUGUCAGCUAUGCAAGUGCUUCACUGGUGCUCGAGUGA